AAUAAUAAUAAUAAUAAUAAUCCAUAAUGGAAUCAAAAAUGACAGGAGAUGAAAUAGUGAUUUCGGGAAUAUCGGGUAAAUUUCCAAAUUGUGAAAGUAUCAAUGAAUUGCAGAUGAAUCUUUUUAAAAAAAUCGAUUGCGUUAGUGACAGUAAAUCACGUUGGAACUAUGAGCAUCCAAACAUUCCACCGCGAAUUGGCGUUAUGAAACAAAUCGAUGAAUUUGACGCAAUAUUUUUUGGAAUUAAUGGAAAAUUGGUAAAUUAUAUGGAUCCAAUGUUUAGAUUAAUAACUGAAAAUACAUAUGAGGCAAUUGUUGAUGCUGGAAUUAAUCCAGGAAGUUUAAAAAAAUGUAAAACUGCCGUUUUUACUGGUAGUGCUUUUUCAGAAUCGGAAAAAGGUUUCUUUUUUUGUAAAAAGGACAACAAUGGAUUUGGUAUGUUGGGUGCCGGUCGUACAAUGUUGGCAAAUCGAGUUUCAUUUUUUUUCGAUUUAGUUGGACCAAGUGGAAAUAUUGAUUCCAGCUGUUGUGGAGGUGCAACUGCCUUAGAAGAGGGUUUUAAAGCAAUAAAAGAUGGACGAGCCGAAAAUGCAAUUAUCGGUGCUACUAAUGUUGUUCUACAUCCACAAAUGUCGAUGAAUCUAUUUUUGCUAGGACUUCUAUCACCAGACGGUGUAACAAAAUCAUUUGACAAUGCAGCGGAUGGUUAUACACGCAGUGAAGGUGUUGUUGUUCUAUUUCUACAAAAGGCACGUGACGCAAAACGUAUUUAUGCAGAAAUUAAAAAUUGCCGUUACAAUUAUGGUGAUGUCAACGAUUCGCAUUCAUUUUUCUACCCCACUUAUCAAUUUCAAACUAAUUUUAUGAAAUCAGUACUAAAAGAAUGUGGACUUAAAGGAAAUGAUAUUUCCUACAUUGAAGCUGAUGGUUCAGGUAUCAAAGAUGUUGAUGCCAAUGAGAUAAUGGCAAUUGACAAUGUCUACAAUCAGGAAUUACGAAAAUCACCUCUACUUAUUGGAUCAAUUAAAUCUAAUAUUGGUUCAAGUUCAGCAGUAAAUCCCCUCAAUGGAAUUAUUAAGGUAAUUAUAGCAAUGGAGACGGGGUAUAUUCCUCCGAAUUUGCAUUUUCAAAAAUCUUCAAUUCCUGCUGUUCAAGAAGGUCGAUGUAAAGUUGUCACGGAAUCGACACCAUGGUCUGAUGACUAUGCGGUGGUUAAUAGUCUCGCUUUAACUGGUUCCAGUGCCAAUAUUGUGUUGAAAAAAUACAAGAAAGAAAAGAAAAAUCAAGGAAAACCUGAUGACAAUCUUUUGCGAUUGGUCACAGUUUCCGGAUGUACAAAAGAAGCAGUUGAUGUAAUAUUGAGUCACCUAGAAAACAGGGAAGUUGACGUAGAAAUGCUUCAGCUUUUGUAUGAUGUAUUUGAAAAACCAGUUCGUGGUCAUUUAUAUCGUGGCUAUACUGUUCUACCUUUGGAAGGAUUACAAAAAACUAAAAUACAAGGUAUUGAAUUAACUUCCGGUAUUAAGAAAGAAAUUUGGUACAUGUUCUCCGGUAUGGGAUCUCAAUGGAUUGGAAUGGGAAAAGACUUAUUGCAAAUACCAAUUUUCGCUGAAUCGAUAAAUAAAUGCAAUAAAGUUCUACAACCUCGUGGUAUCGAUAUUCUAAAAAUUAUCACAGAAAACGAUUCAAAAAUGUUUGAUAACAUUGUUAAUUCAUUCGUUGGUAUUGCUGCGAUCCAGAUUGGUUUAGUUGAUCUUCUAACAGCAAUUGGAUUAAAACCAGAUUUUCUAAUUGGACAUUCAGUGGGUGAAUUGGGUUGUGCCUAUGCCGAUGGAAGUUUUACUGCCGAGCAAAUGAUUCUUUCGGCAUUAAGCAGAGGAUUGGCGUCAAUAGAAACAGAAAUGCCCAAAGGUUCAAUGGCGGCAGUUGGUCUUGGUUAUGAAGAAAUCAAACACAUAUGUCCAUCUGAUAUUGAUGUUGCUUGUCAUAAUAGUGAAAAUAAUUGUACAAUCAGUGGUCCUGCGGAUUCAAUGCGAGCAUUUGUCGCAGAUUUAAAAGGGAAAAAUAUUUUUGCAAAAGAAGUCGCUUGUAGUGAUAUAGCCUAUCAUAGUCGAUAUAUAGCAGCGGCAGGUGAAAAAUUGAGAAAAUAUCUUCUCCAAGUGAUACCCAAUCCAAAACCACGAAGUCAACGUUGGAUAAGUAGUUCAGUACCUCGAAAUAUGUGGAAUUCGGCGCGAGCUCGAUUAUCAUCAGCAGAUUAUCAUACAAAUAAUCUUUUAAAUUCAGUUCUUUUUGCCGAAACAGCAAAAAUAAUACCAUCAAACGCAAUUGUUAUUGAAAUAGCACCACACGGUCUUCUACAGGCUAUUGUUCGAAAAUCAUUACCAGAAACAGUUAUUAAUAUACCAUUAACUAAAAAAUAUCAAAAUUGUGUUUCAUUUCUUUUUGAAGCAUUGGGAAAACUCUAUAAUUCUGGUUGUGAUAUUAAUAUAUCGAAUCUUUAUCCAAAAAUAACUUAUCCAGUUUCUCAAGGAACACCUUCAAUUUCAUCAUUAAUCCGUUGGGAUAAUUCAGCUAAAUGGCAGACGCAAUUUUUUAAACAAGAGGAAAAAAUAAAAACAGGAGAAUUGAGUUUUAUAAUAAAUCUCAAUGAUGAAAAAUGGAAAUAUUUGAAGUAUGGUAAAAUUAAUAAAAGAAUCGUUUUUCAUACUUCCGUCUAUUUAAAUUUAGUUUGGGAAGUUUUAAAAUCGUUGAAAAAUUCCGAAUCAGUUAUUUAUCAUAAUGUACAAAUUCAUCAGCAUUUGGUAGAAAUUCCGGAUGAUGAAAAUAUCAUUCUAAUUGUAAUGGUGCAAAAAGCCAGUGGAAUGUUUGAAGUAACCAAUAACAAUAUUUUACUAUGCUCUGGAAUUAUACAAUCAAACGAUCAUCCUCAAUUUAAUAAAAUUCCUAAAUUUCUAAAUUCUAAUCAACUAAGUGAAAAUGAUAUUUAUUCUGAACUCAAAUCACGUGGUUUACAGUAUUCAGAAGCGUUUAAAACAAUUUUAAAAGCAUCAAACAAUAGUGGAAUUUUAAUAUGGAAAAAUUGGACAACUUUUAUUGAAGGAAUGAUUCAGAUUUUUAUUCUAACAAGUGAUGUUAGAAGUACACAAGUACCAAUUAAAAUUAGAAAAAUUGUUAUUAACAAACAUCAAACGCUAAACACAAGAGAAUUUCCUGUAGAAGUUUGUCAGAGUAGAAAAAGUGUAAAUGCAGGCAUUAUACAAAUGGAAGGAAUUGUACUAAAAUCCCUUCGGCGGCAAGUUGGAAAAAAUAUUGUAGUUGAAAAAAUUAUUCCCUGUACAGAUGAAUUUAGAUCUAAUUUAAAUUUAAAAAUAAAACCAAAUAAAAUUUGCGGAAUGUAUCAAUAUUUUCCACUAGAUUCAAAUUUACAAAAAGUCUCCAAUUGGACAGCCAAACAAAAUGAUUCUCAACUUGAAUGGAUUGAAGAUUUAUCUAUUGCAAAUACUAAAAAUAAAAUCAGAGUCGAGUACUCUGGGAUUAGUCAACAAGAUAUCAUUUUAGGAACUUCGGAAACAAAAAAUGAAAAUUUUGGUCAAUAUUCUGGAAUUGACAACAAAAACACUAGAAUUAUGGGAAUCAGUACAAAAUCUUCAUUAUCAAAUUUUACAAUAUCUGAUGAUGAUUUCAAGUGGAAAAUACCGGAAAAUUGGUCAUUAGAAGAUGGUGCCACUGUACCAUUACCCUAUACAAUUGCAUAUCUUUCCAUUAUUCUAAAAGGAGAAUUAGAAAAGGAAAAAUCAAUUUUCAUUUUCAAUGGUACUUGUUCAAUAGGACAGGCUGCUAUUAAUUUAGCAUUAAACAUUAAAUCUCAAAUAUUCGCAGGAUAUGCUAAUUGUAAUGGUAAAAAAUUUUUAGAAAACAAUUAUAAUGUUCAAACAAUAAACAUCGGUGGUAGUUUUCCAGAACAAAUUAUAUCACUACAAAAAGGAAAAGGCAUUGAUUUGAUAAUAUAUAAUGGAAAUGAUUUAAAUAAAUUUGAAAAUUGUUGCAAAUUUGUUAAUAAAAAGGGAAAAAUUAUUAUUAUUGGAAAUUUACAAGAUGCAUAUAAUAAAUCAAUGGGUAUGUUAAUUUAUGACGAUUGUGUUAAAAUAUUGUCAAUAAUUCCGAGAAAAUUAUUGAAUCUCGAUGUGGAAAUAAAAAGAAAUUUAUCAGAAAUACUUCAAAAUGGCAUUGACACAGGAAUAGUAAAACCAUUACCAAAACGUGUUUACACGAGAGAAAUGUUGGGAAAAGCAUUUACUGACUCGGAAACUUCAAUUGAAAAAAUCAUUGUGAAAGUACAAUCGGAAAAUGAAAACAAAGCCCUAGCGAUACCUCGUUUUAUUUGUAAAAAUGAAGCAUCAUAUUUAAUAAUUGAAGGUUUGAGUAACUUUGGAUUAGAAUUGGGUGAAUUUUUAGUUUCCAGAGGUGCUAAAAAUAUUAUCAUUUUAUCUGAAUCAAAAAAUACAAGAGCUUACAGUAAUUAUCGAAUAAAUUUAUGGACAAAAUCUGGAGUUUCAGUGAGAGUUGAUGAUGAAUUUAAUUUUUCUAAUCGACAAAGUGUUAAUGAAAUUUUUAAAAAUUCACAAAAAAUAGAUGCUAUUUUUGAUCUUCAACAAAUUGAAAAUCUAUCAAAUUGUUCAAAAUUUUCAUUUAAAAAAUUUCCAUAUGAAGAAUUGAAUAAUUUAUCUAGUAAUUUAGAAAAAUUGACAAUUUUUUCAACAUGUAAAAAUAGUGAGGAUAAUGUUGAUCAAAUUCUAUUGGAAGAAAUAAAGUUGGUGGAAAUUUUUCAAAAAAAAUCGAAAGAAACAAAAUUUCCAGGACUUUUGAUUCUAUUGGGACCAAUUGAGGGAAUUGCAAAAUGUACAAAUGAAAAUGAAACAAAACCUUUACUGUCUAUUGCGGAUAUUAUGGAACAAAUGGAUAAAAUACUUAGAGAAAAUGCUUCUAUUGUAUCAGUUUCAUGUAAAUUGGAAAAAAGAAAAGAAAUUGUUGAUACUGAAAAUGAGGUAAUCGUAGAGAAAACAGAGGAGCAAAAAUUCCUCCAGUAUAUUACAAAAGUUCAACGAUCAACACCAAAGUCUUAUAAAUAUGAAGUUGAACAAGAAGAUGAAUAUUAAAAUAACUUGUAAAACUAUUUAUUAUAUUUAUUCUAAACUAGCGAUGUAUUCCUCGCUCGC